AUGUACAAGGUAUUGUUUGAUACGGGCAGCUCUGACCUAUGGGUGCCAUCCAGUACUUGCCGAUCUGCAGCAUGUAGAUUUCACAAGAGAUACAAUUCAGCUAGAUCGUCUACUUACCAGCCAAAUGGCCAACAUUUUUCUAUACAAUACGGCACCGGAAGUGCAGCCGGAUAUCUAAGCACAGAUACCAUGACAAUAGGCGUCGGUCGG